AUGACAGAACACGAUCAACAGAAGGGCGCAUUGUGCAUGAGGGAUCCUAACACAGGGAUGCCGGAAAUCCUUCGUGCAAAGAAACCCGGCACUAUGAAGACCACUACUUCCAUCAAGAAAAAGUCCACCCAAAAGAAGAAAAUACCAAAAGAAGGAACCAGAAAGUACACAAAGAAGGAAGGCCCCAAAAGAGAAACGAAAAAAGAAAUUUUUGACAGACGCAUUAAGAGCCGUCAUAUGUAUACCAAGGAGGAACAACGAUUCAUCUAUUUCUAUAGAUAUAUUCUUGACAUGAAGCCCGUGGAUUGCCACAAGUUCUUUAACGAAUAUUUUGGCCAUAAUCUAGGACCGGUGGCACUCAACCAACUGGCGGGCCGGAUGAAAAAUCUCCAACCCGAUGAUGUGGUAAAUUGGAAGCACACCGAAGAUUGGGCUAUUGGUGUGAAUAGUACUGUUGAUAGCGAUGAUACUAUCGACAGCGAUGGGGAGUCCACGGACGGGGACUUGACCGACCUGGACGAGGAUAACGACUUGUAG